CAUGGACAACAUUAUCGGCGGUCAAGCCCAGCAAGUGGAGGACACCGACGGAACUCGUGUGCAGAACGAGUUUUCCAAGUUUUUGAAGAGCUUCAAAGACCAGAAAAAUGAGUUUAUCUACAAAUCUGCGAUGAAGGAGCUCGUGCAACCAGAAAAGAAUACCAUUUUCAUUAACAUGCAACAUCUCUACAAGUUCAGUAACAAUCUCGCAACAACUAUCGAGCUGCAAUACUACAGGGUCUAUCCAUUCAUGUGCGAAGCUCUACACUUGGCCACUUUAGAUGCUUGUGAUGAAAGUGAGAGACAGCAAAUGUUCAAGAAGCAAUUGUACGUUUCGCUGUUCAAUCUCGAUGCGAAAACGAAAGUUCGUGAGCUUUCUGCGGACAAAGUCGGAGGCCUCGUGCGCAUUGCCGGUCAGAUUGUCCGAACUCACCCAGUGCAUCCAGAACUUUCACGGGCUUGUUUCGUGUGUGAGGAUUGCGGUGUUACCACACGUGAUGUUCAACAGCAGUUCAGAUACACUCAGCCAACUAAAUGUGCUAAUCCUCAAUGCAUGAAUCGUACCAGAUUCAGUCUCGAUGUCAACUCAUCUACUUUCGUCGACUUCCAGAAGAUUAGAAUUCAGGAGACUCAAGCAGAGUUGCCUCGUGGAUCAAUUCCACGUACUGUCGAUGUGAUUGUUCGAGGAGAAAUGGUUGAAACUGUCCAACCAGGAGAUAAAUGUGACAUUGUUGGAACUCUUAUCGUCAUUCCAGAUAUUGCUCAAUUGAGCACUCCUGGACUUCGUGCUGAGACUUCAAAUCAGAACAGAGGCAGAGCGACCGAUAAAAGCGAAGGAAUCACUGGAUUGAAAGCUCUUGGAGUCCGUGAUCUUACCUAUAAAAUGGCAUUCUUGGCUUGUCAUAUUCAACAAACCGAGAGUCUUGUUGGUGGAGAUGCUUCGGGAGCUGUUGAGGAGACUGAUUAUCUUGAUUUAUGGUCGAAAAUGUCAACAGAAGAUCGUGCAACACUGAAGAAAAUGAGUGACGAUAAGAAAAUCGAGAAGAACAUUGUCGAUUCACUUUUCCCGAACAUUUAUGGAAACCACGAAGUUAAGCUUGGAGUUCUUCUGAUGCUUCUUGGAGGUGUCGCGAAGAAGAGCAGGGACGAAGGAACUUCACUGAGAGGUGAUAUCAACGUUUGUCUUGUUGGAGAUCCAUCAACUGCCAAGUCGCAAGUUCUGAAAGCUGUGGAAGAGUUCAGUCCAAGAGCUAUUUACACUUCUGGAAAAGCAUCUUCAGCUGCUGGUCUGACUGCUGCUGUUGUAAAAGACGAGGAAUCGUUCGAGUUUGUCAUUGAAGCUGGAGCUCUCAUGCUUGCCGACAAUGGAGUUUGUUGUAUUGAUGAGUUCGACAAAAUGGACCUCAAGGAUCAGGUUGCCAUUCACGAGGCAAUGGAACAACAAACCAUUUCCAUCACCAAAGCUGGAGUCAAAGCAACAUUGAAUGCCCGUGCAUCAAUUCUUGCCGCUGCAAAUCCAGUUAAUGGACGUUAUGAUAGAAGUCGUCCGUUGAAGUAUAAUGUCCAGAUGUCAGCUCCGAUUAUGUCACGUUUCGAUCUUUUCUUUGUGUUGGUCGAUGAGUGCAAUGAAGUUACUGAUUACGCUAUUGCCCGUCGGAUCCUUGAUAAUCAUCGUGCGAUCAGUGAGCAUACUGAACGUGACAGUGUUUACAAAAUUGAUGAUAUCAAGAAGUAUAUCGCGUUUGCUCGUUGCUUCAAGCCGAAGAUUUCGGAUAAAGCUGCUGAAACUCUUGUUCGAGAGUACAAGAAACUUCGUAUGUCUGACAGCAACAAUGCAGCCACGUCAUCAUGGAGAAUCACUGUUCGUCAAUUGGAGUCUCUCGUUCGUCUGUCUGAGGCUCUUGCUCGUCUUCACUGUGGAAAGGAAGUACUGGUGGAACAUGUCGAAAAGGCUGCCGAACUUCUCAACAAGUCUAUCGUCAGAGUUGAGCAACCAGACAUUGCUUUGGAUGAUGACGACUUUGACAACAAUAUCAUGGUUGUUGAAGCAGACAAAGAGAAUCAAAGAGGAGAUGAUAGUAUGGAUCAUGAUGGAGAGAAGGAAAAUGCUCCGAAGAUUGAUAUAGCAAAGCUCAAAAUCUCAUUCAAGGAAUACAAGCAAUUGUCUGAUGUUCUCGUUUUACAUAUGCGAUCCGAUGAAGACAAUCAAGGAGAAGACGAGUAUGAUGGUGUCAAGCAGAGUGCACUUGUUGAAUGGUACUUGUCGACAAUCGAAGCAGAUUUGGAGACGGAGGAAGACUUCAACGUACAAAAGACUAUUUGCGAGCGUGUAAUUCAUCGUCUCAUUCACCAGGAUCACGUUCUUCUUGAAGUUGAGCAAGGAGAAGAUCCAACUCUCUGUGUUCAUCCGAACUAUGUUAUUGCCGACGAAUAAUUGAAAUAAUUGCUUCCCGUGUGUAUUGAUCUCUUAUCCAGGCUCUUUUACCGUUUAUCAUUAUUUUUAUCAUCAUCAUCAACUCACUAAUUUGCAAUUAACUUGAGUAUGACUAUCACCGGAACUUUUGUGAAUGAAUUUUCAUCAAU